CAAUUAAAACCAAGCAAACUUGACCAAAAUAAAAGAUAAAAAGGAAUUUGCGGUUUCUUAAUCAUCCAAUUGUUUUCACAAAAAUCUGUCCUUGUUUUUUUCACCGGAACCUAUGGAAUCUGAUUCGAUCAGCAACGCUUCUUCUUCUUCGGCCUUUAGCUGUAAUGAUAUCUCCAGGAAGAAGAGAAGGUCUGCGAAAUUGAAGCAGUGCAAACUCGAUUCUCGCCGCGAGCAAUGGCUUUCUCAAAGUGCGGUGAAGAACAAGGUUUGUUGCAAGGAGGGAGCCAAGGAUGUCGAUCCGAAGCAGUCUCAACCGGGUGAAAGGGACCGUUCCUUGGAUAACUUUGAGAUGGGGAGAACUGCUGAGGCUAACGGAGAGAGUGAAGAUGUAUCUGUCCAACACGAGAGCGAUUCCGAGACUUCGCCUCUGAAUAGGCACACCAGCAGCAGCCUGCUGGGAGGAAUGGAUUCGGGGACAAGCUUCACCAAUAGCAGUUGUAGCAUUAGCAGCACCAGUAGUGGUGGAUGCUGUUCUGGUAGCAUUACAGAAGAAGAAGGUGAUGAUGGAUGCUUGGAUGAUUGGGAGGCCGUUGCUGAUGCACUGGCUGCCGAUGAUGACAAGCGGGAAACGGGUCCAAACAAGAAUAACAAGGAAAACCAUUGUUCAGGAUCGACCCCUGGGAAUGAGCCAAAUCCCCUGUUAGGUUCGAGUGGGGGAGGUUCGAGUGGGGGAGAAACAGAUUUGAGGAGCUCCAAACCUGAGUGUCCAAGAAUGGUGCAGAGGGUGCCAGGAAGUAGCAGAGCAUGGAGGGAUGAUGAUACUUUUCGUCCACAUUCGCUUCCUCAUUUGUCAAAGCAACGGAGUUUUCCAGCUAGGGACUGGCCUUUUGGUCAAGGAGGGGUGUCAUGGGUGCGAGGCAGUGCAUUUUCGGUUCCAUCAUCAUGCCCCAUAUGCUAUGAGGAUUUGGAUUUAACAGACUCAAGUUUUUUGCCCUGUUCAUGUGGUUUCCGGCUCUGUCUUUUCUGCCACAAGAGGAUUCUUGAGGAGGAUGGACGUUGUCCUGGUUGCAGGAAGCCGUAUGAGCAUGAUCCUGUGGAGGCUGAAGCUAGCAUUCAAGGAAACAGUCUAAAAUUUAGGAUGUUGGCUCGUUCUUGUAGCCUGAUUACAAGGUCUUAGAAGCAGUCUCUGUUUUUCUUGAAUUAUGUAUGAUGUAUUUCUCUUUUCUUUGCUCCUACUUUAUUGUGUGUUUUGUUAGUAUUAAUAGACUCUGGGUUCUGUAGAUUUAGAUGCGAGUAUAAUAGCGUUAUCCCUUUUGGCACCUGGGAAUUGAGCUUAUGUUUCUAUGGGUUUGGUUCUUAUCUGUUUGGUGCAUGAGUUGAUAUAGAGUACACAUCUUGGCAUGUGAAUUGAUAAGAUGGUAUAGAAAUUCAAUAAAUAAAUAGUAUUAUAAUAAGUUUUGUGCCUCACAUUGUAUCCAACUUCUCUAUUAAAGUUAUGAAUUUCAUUUGAUUAUGCUUUUAAUAUCUAGUAAAUAUGAGUAUUCUGUUUUGUUGGUA